AUGUGUCUGUUAGUCCCGCAGUUGAUUGACUUUUCCGACUCGCCGGACGAGCAGCGGCACCGAGUGCAAACGUUCAUGCCAACGUGCCACAUUUUCUACGAAAAUCGUUUGAGAGACAUCCACGAUGGAAUUACCAAGUGGUCGGGAAUGGACGAGCAGAGCCAGAGACUAGAUGAUGCUGGCCAGCUACUCGAGCAAUAG